ACUGCAAUUUUUAUGCCGUCCAGGUACUAGGGCAGAGCCUCCAUUAGAGCUUGAGAGAAAGCUUGAGAGAGAGAGAUGGAGCUUGACGAACAUGUUUUCUUAGAGGAGUUAAUGGCUCUACGAAGAGAUUCAAAUUGGGAAGCCAUUCCAAACGAAAUCACCGACCUCUGCUCAAAUGCUUGGCCAUUCGAUUACUGUUUCGAUCAAACCACUUUGAAUUUCCCCCCAAAUUCUUCUUCAGAACCUCUCUCCGCUCAAAAUCUCCACGAAUUCUACCAUCCUUUAGCAAAUGAGUUCUCAGUACCACAAAUACCUGAUUCCGCCUUUACCGUCAUGGAAGUAGCAGCAGCAGCAGCAGCAGCCGCGCCUCUGCCAUUUCAACCAGAGCAUCCGAAUGUAGAGCGAGAAGAAGAGGAAGAGCAAUUAGGUUUUCUCGCGGAUGAGAUUCAGAAUAUGGAGGCAGUUCAAGUUGAAUCAGCGUGUAAAAUGGAGCCGAAUCAAUCUCCAGAAGAAGAACUCCAGGUUUUCAACAUCGGAACAUGCUCCUCCAUGGACCGAAAGAACAGAGGGAAGAAAUUGCAAGGACAACCGUCAAAGAAUCUGAUGGCGGAGAGAAGGAGAAGGAAGCGGUUGAACGAUCGACUUUCAAUGCUCAGAUCCAUUGUCCCGAAGAUCAGUAAGAUGGACAGAACAGCGAUUCUGGCAGAUGCGAUUGAGUAUAUGAAAGAAUUGCUAGAGAAGAUCGGGAAUCUGCAAAGCGAAGUGGAAGGAUCAAAUCCGAGGAUGAAUUCAUUGAAGAACACAAAACUGAGUGAAUGCGUAGUGAGGAAUUCACCAAAAUUCGAAGUGGAAACUAGAAAUGGGGACACGAGAAUCGAGAUUUGCUGUGCGGGAAAACCAGGAUUGGUAUUAUCAACGGUGAAUACACUCGAAGCAUUGGGGCUUGAGAUUCAACAAUGUGUAAUUAGCUGCUUCAAUGACUUCGCAUUGCAAGCCACUUGUUCUUCUCAGGAACUGAAGCAGAGAACAGAACUGAAGCAGAGAACAGAACUGAAGCCUGAAGAAUUGAAGGAAGCUUUAUUUAGGAAUGCAGGUUAUGGAGGAAGCUGCUUGUAGAUUUCUUCUUCUUCAUCCUUUUUCUUUUUUAUUUUUUUAAUUAAAAAAAU